GCGCAGGCGCGCGGGCGGGGCGGGGCUUCCGGCGGCGCUGGCGCUCGGCGAUGGCGGCGGCGGGGCUGGGACCCGGCGAGGCCGCCGCGGCCGCUCACGCCCUGUCGCUGCCGGCCGAGGCCUUCGGCAACGACCCCCGCGUGGAGCUGGCCUGGGCCAUGAAGGCGCACCAGCACGCCCAGGUCUACUUCAACCUCAUCUCCUCCGUCGACCCCAAGUUUCUGAAGCUCACCAAAGUCGACGACCAGAUCUACAGCGAGUUCAGGAAAACCUUCAGGGAUCUUAAAAUUGACGUGCUCGACCCCGAAGAGCUUAAAUCCGAGCCUGCCAAGGAGAAAUGGCGCCCGUUCUGCCUGCGGUUCGAGGGGGUGGUGGAGGAUUUCAACUACGGCACCCUGCUCCGCCUGGACUGCCGCAAGGACUACACCGAGGAGAACAGCAUCUUCGCCACCAGAAUCCAGUUUUUCGCCAUCGAAAUCGCUCGGAACAGAGAGGGCUGUAACAGCGUCGUCUACAGCAGUGCCAGGGAGCCGGCGGCCACCGCGGCGUCGGGGUGAGGAUGGGACGGAGUCUGCCCGGCGCUGAGCUGAGGAGGGGCAGAAAGACCCCUGCCCGGGCAGGGGGAGGCUCUCGGGGGGGGGGGCUGUAGCUGCCUUCCCUGCUCCUCCCAAGUUCAGGCUCCAUUUCCAGGCUGUAAAUAAAUUUUUUUUUAAAAAAAGUCCUCGUGCUGCGGGUGUUGACGGGGUCGUUCCCUAAAGCAGACCAAAUCCGCUGCGGCUGAAUCCACUUGGAUUCGGGGUGGACCUUUGCCUGCGCCACGAUCUACCCGCGCAAAUCAAAUAGGCUUUUUUUAACCCAUUUCAUUUAGAAAACUGAUCCCCGCCCGCCCCGUCCCCAGCAGGCUCCCGCCUGCGGUGCGUGCAGGGGAGAGCGCGGGGCGCCGGCGAUGCGCAGGCAGACACGGCUCAGUAGAAACCAUUGAAGUUUUAUUUGCAGUCACAAUGCUUACACUGUAUGCAGCAAACACCCUUACAAGUCAACCGGCAAUCUGCUCACGCGGAGGAAAAAAAAAAAAGUAAGGACCCAACACACAAUCGCCAGAGGAAAGAAAACAAAAAAAAAUUAAAAAAAAAAAUAAAAUUAAGAGUAGGUGGUGUCUGGGAAGAA